AUGGGCGUUGAUCCCGAGACUGGCAGGAUCAUUGAUUUCCAUCACCCGCUUCACAGUUCAGUCAUCACUGAUCAAUUCCUUGCCAUUCCAGGCUGUCUAGGCUCUUGUGUAGCAAGCGGUGUCAUGAUUGAGCUGUUGACCAAUGGACAUGGUCCCGCGGGAAUGAUCUUUCAAAGACUGGAUGCUAUCUUGAUUUUAGGGAUUUUGAUUUCAAAAGUCAUGCUCGGAAAGUCAAUCCCAGUCAUUGUGAUUCCAGAUAAAGAUGAUUUCAUGUCUUUGCAGUCUGCAGACGAAAUUCAUAUUAGCCAUGAUGGAGUUAUAAGAAGUCACCCUGCUGGUAGAGAGUUACAAGCAUUAUCUCGGUUACAAAACGAGAUGACGCUGUCUACUAAGGAAAAUGAGUUCCUCAAGGUCCAGCAUAGGCCAGCAGCUCAGAUCGCAAUGGAAGUGCUUGUUUCUUAUGCCGCUUUGGAGGGGGCGCCUUAUCUCAUCGAUAUUUCUCAGGCUCACAUCGAUGCCUUGCCGGUUCCAACCACACUCAAUGGGAUUUCAGUUGACCAGCUUCGGUGGAGAGAACUAGAGACUGAGUCUGGCAUGUCUACGAGCGCAUCGCUCCUUGCAGAUGUGUAUGCUGCGAUGGACGCGCAGAAAAGCUUCACACAUGCACCUUAUUUGCUCGAUACCGCACCACAAGCUGACGAACAAAUUGGUUGGGCCGAGUCUAACACUGUGAUCUUUGCGAAUACUGUCCUCGGAGCACGAACACAGAAGUACCCCGGCUUGCUAGAUGUGUUCAUUUCUCUGACAGGCCGGGCCCCAUAUGUUGGCUGCCACACCACAGCGGGUCGGUUGCCCAAGCUCUGCAUCGACAUCCCGCCUCUGUUCCAGCCCAAUGAUUCCGUCUUCCCCCUAUUAGGCUAUUACAUUGGGCAAAUAGCAGGAUCUGAAAUACCUCUUGUCCGGGGAAUGGAGGCCCUGCAGCCCAUAAGAUCCGACAUGAAAGCCUUUUGUGCCGGGUUUGCCACGACCUCGUCUGCUGCGAUGGUCCAUAUAAAAGGACUGACACCAGAGGCUACUGGUAUUAUUGCUGGAGAAGAACACUUGCCAGUCCAUGAUACGUCUCACUGCAUGCUCGCGGCUUGCUAUAGCGUUCUUAACUCAGCGACAGAUGCCUCUAUAGAUCUUGUUUCUCUUGGAAACCCGCAUUUCUCUCUUGAAGAGUUCGCCUUGUUAACCAUUUUAUGCCAGGGUCGACGCAAGAACUCGAGUGUGGAGCUGGUAAUCACGACAAAUCGCACUGUGUAUCAGCAUGCCUUGAAUAAGGGAUACAUCCAAGAGCUAGAGGAUCUUGGAGGCAAGAUUCAUAACAGACACAUGUUGGUGCAUGCUUGGGGAGCCAGUUGCACCAAAGCAUGCGCGUAA